AUGUCUGGAAACGAUAGCAGUCUGAAGAUUGAGGAGAAGAAGUCGACCUGGUUACAGUUGCAGCCGUUCUGUCACUCUCAUGAAGUUCAUCAUGGAAAUGUGAUGUACUCUGAUGGAGUUGGGGAGCAGAGGCUACUCUUCAUUGGACUUCAACCACGACUCGUAGUUGGAUGUGAAAGAACGAGUAAAGCUGUUAUUGGGUGA